AUGAGUGAGAAGGCGCUAGAUGCUCUUGCCGAACGCGUCAGUGCUAGGAGGGAGCCUCNNGACGACUUGAGCAGUGACGAAGGACACCAAGCUCUCGAAGUCAUUUUCGAAGGACAAUCAACACCACGGCGCAAAUCCUCGAUCGUCAGGACCAACAUGUCACGGCCCGCCGCAAAACGCAACGACACAUCAUGCUUCAUCCACAACAUGUUGGAAGAAAAGGAAGAUGGCACAAAGCAUGAGCAAAGUGUAGAAGGAGAACACCAAGAAAGACCAGCAGACAAACAGACGGGUACACCACCUCAACAUGGCGAUCACAUGCAAUCACGAUUGCUUACCAAGAAGCAAUUGUCCGAUAUGGCUUUUGGUAUUCGUGAGCUUUCGAAACGUCUGGGGAGAGUCAAAUUGAUGCUCAAGGUCAAGAAUGUCUUUGUGCUUACCAAGCUCACGGAUGCUACUCUGUGUGUUAAGGCGGCAGAGUUGACCAAGUGGUUGCUGGAUCAGAAGGAGGCUCAGUAUACUGUGUAUGUUAUGGAACUCAGAGACGAUGAUUUCGUAACUGACAGGUUGCAGANNUACGUUCAGGACAAACUUAAGGACCUCAAGACUUUCGACAUCCCGUGGAUCCUCGAGGGAGACGAAUCAAAGACAAGCAGGCUAAAGUACUGGGACGAGGAGCUUUGCAAANAGACGCCACAUAAGUUUGACAUCGUCCUCGCGCGCAUCGUACCCCCUGUUCUCAGUUUCGCCAUGGGAUCCUUAGGUUUCCUUACCAAGUUUGACUUUGCGAGGUACACAUCCAUCCUACCAAGGGCCUUCAACGAUGGCAUUACUGUUUCUCUACGUCUACGCUUCGAAGGCACCAUCAUGCGAAGCAUUCGUCGCGAAGGCGAUAGCGACGAGGACCACAAGCAAAGAAGACUAGAUGAGGAGCUUGUCGGUACCGAAGCUGAUGAUAACCACACCCACAAGGCAGAAGCAGCAUACCACAUCCUCAACGAGAUUGUUCUCGACAGGGGGCCAGGAGGAUCCAUGGUCGCGCUGGACGUCUACGGUGACGAAGAAUGCUUUACCACCAUUGCAGCCGAUGGGUUGAUCGUCGCUACUCCAACAGGCAGUACAGCGUACAACCUCGCAGCAGGAGGAAGUCUCUGUCAUCCAGACAAUCCCGUCAUUCUGCUUACUGCAAUCGCUGCACACACUCUAAACUUCAGACCCAUCAUUCUUCNNCCUGACACUAUGGUUUUGCGUAUUGGUGUACCAUACGACGCACGCAGUUCUGCAUACACAAGUUUCGAUGGCAAAUAUAGAACCGAACUUUUCCCUGGCGAUUAUGUCACCAUCUCCGCCUCAAGGUUCCCCUACCCCAGUGUAUUACCUCUCAACAAACGCAGCGAAGACUGGAUCGAAAGCAUUUCGCGCUCAUUGGAUUGGAACUCACGAGCAAAGCAAAAGCCAUACACGGAAGAGAAGAAGAAAGACAAUAGUGAGGAAAAGGAAGAUGAUGAGGAGAAGUCUUGA